GCCGCUGCCAACCCAGGCACGGCCCGGGGGCGCAGGGCGGGGACGACACGGCUACUCCCGGAAAACUUGGGCAACCCAGAGGAAGGAAUUAGCCCACAAAUACACGUCAGUUAAUUAGGUACAUUUCUAGAAACUUUAGAGGGGAUGCUCGGGGUUGCUGGAAUGACGGGCAGCAUUGCUAAUGCCCUGGCCAGUGCAGCCUGUGAACGUUGCAAGAGUGGCUUUGCAGCCACCGAGAAGAUUGUCAACAGUAAUGGCGAGCUGUACCAUGAGCACUGCUUUGUGUGUGCCCAGUGUUUCCAACAGUUUCCAGAGGGACUCUUUUAUGAGUUUGAAGGGAGAAAAUAUUGUGAACACGACUUCCAGAUUCUCUUUGCCCCUUGCUGCCACCAGUGUGGAGAGUUUAUCAUUGGUCGUGUCAUUAAGGCCAUGAACAAUAGUUGGCACCCCGACUGCUUCUGCUGUGACAUUUGCCAGGCUGUGCUGGCGGAUGUGGGCUUUGUCAAAAAUGCUGGCAGGCACCUGUGUCGCCCUUGUCAUAACCGCGAGAAAGCUCGUGGCCUGGGCAAGUACGUCUGCCAGAAGUGCCAUGCCAUCAUUGAAGAGCAUCCCCUGAUUUUUAAGAAUGACCCCUAUCACCCGGACCACUUCAACUGCAGCAACUGCGGGAAGGAACUGACUGCUGAGGCCAGGGAGCUGAAGGGGGAGCUCUUCUGUUUGCCCUGCCAUGAUAAGAUGGGUGUACCAAUCUGUGGGGCCUGUCGGAGACCCAUCGAGGGACGCGUUGUCAAUGCCAUGGGCAAGCAGUGGCAUGUGGAGCAUUUUGUUUGUGCAAAGUGUGAGAAGCCUUUCCUCGGUCAUCGGCAUUAUGAGAGGAAAGGGUUGGCCUACUGUGAGACUCAUUAUAACCAGCUCUUUGGCGAUGUGUGCUAUCACUGCAACCGUGUGAUUGAAGGGGAUGUGGUGUCUGCUCUCAACAAGGCCUGGUGUGUCAGUUGUUUCUCAUGCUCCACCUGCAACACAAAACUCACUCUCAAAGAUAAGUUUGUUGAAAUCGACCUGAGGCCGGUGUGCAAGCACUGCUUUGAGCGCAUGCCAGAGGAGCUGAAACGUCGCCUGACUCGACGCGAGCGUGAUGCCAAAGAGCGCAAGAAAAAACCUGCCGUCAGCCUGUAGUUAUUAAUCUAAACACACCACAACACGGCUGGAACAAGUUUGUUGAGUUUGACAUGAAGCCUGUUUGUAAAAAGUGCUAUGAAAGGUUUCCUCUGGAGCUCAAGAAGAGGCUGAAGAAGCUGGCUGAGUCUUUGGGACACAAGUGAGCGGCUUCACUGCCACACUCCCCCGUAAGUGUUCCCGUGUCUGUGGACUGCUUGAUAACAACACAAGAAUUGUACCUCAAUGUUGGUCAUUUAAAUCUGGGAUCCAUUUCAAAUAAAAAUCUAUGUCACUGUGGCGCUGUCACAAAUGGGCCGGUUAGCAGAUAGAUACAACAUAGAUACAAAUGUAAUUUUUUUCUAUUCUUUUUUUUUUUAACAUUCCUAAAUUGGCCGGAGAUGUUUUUAUCCUAGAAGAGAGGAUGUGUCCCAGUUCGUUAUAACUUUACCCAUGAGCUUGAUAACCAACUGUUGUCCAAAAUGUUCUUGAAUAUGACGUUUUUUUGUUUGACAUCAUAUUGAAUAACACGUGUGCCUUUUAUAUAUAUUAUAAGAACAAUGUGUCUUAAAAGGCAAAUGAUGAUUAAAAUGAGACUUACCGUUAUUAUAGCUGUACCUCACUAUAUGCACCUCGAUCAGACAAAGUAUAAACUGAAAGCUGAGUUACAACAGUUUCCCCUUUUGAGCUCAUACCUCCAGUAUGAAUAAUUGCAAAGUAACCACUUGUGCUUUUUAGGAUAUUGCUAUAUUCUUUCUAACAUAAAACAAAGUUUCAAGAAGAACUUUGGGCCACAAACCCUUAUACAACCCUAUAGGCAUUAAGUAAACCACUGGUUAUGAAUAAUAAAUAUAAACCUGCAAUGAA